AUGUCUACUAUUAGAAGAAUUUAUGAUGAGUCGUCUGGUCCCACUAUUUCGUUGGAAUUCUUUCCACCCAAAACUGCUUCGGGUAAAAGUAACUUAUUGGCUAGAAUUGAACGUAUGAGUGCUAUGAACCCUCUGUUUCUAACGGUAACAUGGGGAGCAGGUGGAUCUACUGCAGAAAAGACUUUGGAGUUAGCCGCUUUAGUCCAAAGAGUAAUUAAUAUUCCUGUUUGUAUGCAUUUGACUUGUACUAACAUGGACAAAGAUGUAAUAGAUUAUGCGUUACAGAAGGCUAAAGACGCUGACAUCCGUAAUAUACUGGCUUUAAGAGGAGAUCAGCCUAUUGAGCAAGAUUCUAUGGCUGAAGGGAGCGGGGAGUUUAAAUAUGCAGUCGACUUGGUUCGUUAUAUAAAAGAAAAGCACGGCGAUGACUUCUGUGUGGGAGUUGCAGCUUAUCCUGAAGGCCACUGUGAAGGGGAGGCAAAUGAAGGUGAACAGGAUGUGAUGCGUGAUCUUCCGUUUUUGAAGCAGAAGAUUGAAGCUGGAGCGGAAUUUGUGAUAACACAGUUGUUCUACGAUGUUGAGAAGUUCCUAAGCUUUGAAGCCAUUUUCAGCUCUCAAAUAUCUGCGACAGUACCAUUAAUUCCAGGUUUGAUGCCUAUAAAUUCUUUUCUCUUAUUUAACCGAGCUGCAAAGUUAUCUCACACGUCUAUACCAGAGUCAAUUUUAGACAGAUUUCCUCACCAUGUUCGGGGAGAUGAUUUAAAGGUACGAGAGAUCGGAGUUGAUAUCAUGGUUGAUAUCGUGAAUAAAAUAUGGGAACGUACAUCAGGACGUGUGAAGUGUUUCCAUUUUUACACGUUGAAUUUAGAGAAAUCCAUAGCACAGAUUGUUACCAGAUCCCCUGUCCUCUCUAAGAUUCUGGAAGAUGAUUCUGAAGCUGAGUCCCAAUGCAAUGAACAGGAAGAUAUCGUUAUAACAGAUGCUGACGGAAUAGCAAAUACUAUAGAUAACAUUAAGAAGAGGAGAAGGCGCUCUAGUAUCCAAAAUGGUGACGUUGCGAACCGUGUGUUAGUCGAUGAACAUAGUAGUGCUAAUUUCAAUAGAAAAGGGAACGGAGCUCCAUCCCGUAAAGUUGUUGUUGCUAUUUCUCAAGGCUCUGGAUCACUAGGUCGUCAUGCAACUUGGGAUGAAUUUACUAAUGGUCGGUUUGGUGAUUCAAGAUCCCCAGCGUACGGUGAAAUUGACGGCUAUGGUCCUUCACUUAAAGUAAGCAGUAACGCCGCGUAUAAGAUCUGGGGCCAACCUAGCUGUAUUGAGGAUCUCAUCAAUAUUUUUAUUGGAUACCUCGACAGCUCUAUAGAGAAGUUACCUUGGUGCGACCUUGGUAUUUCUUCGGAAACCGCUCUCAUCCAAGAAGAACUAAUUGAGCUUAAUAAGCGUGGCUAUUUAACGCUGGCAUCACAGCCUUCAACAAACUCUACUCCUAGUGCUGACAAGAUUUUUGGCUGGGGACCUCCAGGAGGCAUGGUUUACCAGAAAGCCUUCGUAGAGCUAUUUAUUAACAAAGAAACGUGGGAGCAGGUCAUAAAGCCUCGGAUAGAUGCUUCGGAAAGUUAUUUGAGUUAUUAUGUUGGUGACAGCAGUGGCAACUUUCAAUCGAAUAUGGAACCGGAAAGUUCAAGCGUUGUUACCUGGGGCGUAUUUCCUAACUCCCAAAUACUUCAAACAACAAUUAUAGAAGAAGAAUCAUUUAAAGCUUGGAAUGAUGAGGCUUUCAAAAUAUGGGUUGAAUGGAGUAAAUUGUUCCCUCGGAACAGUCCUUCAUACAGCUUACUCAGACAAAUGCAUAGAGACUACUAUCUAGUAUCCAUUGUCUACCAUAAUUUUACAGAUUUUGACGGCCUGUGGAAUUUGCUUUUGUCCUGA